AUGUACGCGGCGGCGGGCGGAGCUUCGCUCGCGGGCCGAAAGGCGCGCCAACACGGCCGCCAGCCCGUGCCGCCUAGCUCGAGCCAGCACAGCCCCGUCCACCCCGCGCCCACCGGCGUCCGAGCCUACUCCUGCCAACACUGGGAGUCAAGACUCGCGCCACCGCCCCGCAACCUCUCAUCCCUCGAGCCGCACUCGCCAUGCGAUGUCGUCGAGUGCGCCGCCGGGCGCGCGGCCUGGCAGGAGGCGGCGGCGCUGUCGGUGGGCGGCGGCGGAGCGGGCGCGGGCGGGGCCGCCCGCCGCUGCUCCGUGCUCGGCGACCACCCGGGCGCACGGCGCGACCCCCGCGGGAAAUGGCAUCGCACCAACCGGGUCCGAGAUGCUUCAUACGGGUCAUCGUCGGACUCGGACGGGGAGUUCGAGGGAGCGAGCGGGGAGCCCUGGGGUGUCGCAAGGCUCCUGUACGCGGGCCUGGCAACACUCGCUCUUGGCCUCGUCGUAUACUUCGUCGGCACCGGAGACAAGGGUUUCAAAACACCAGCACUACGUCUGGUGGGGCCGUCACUCAUCGUGGCUGGCCUGGCGUGCUGCUUGCUGCGUAUUAUGUUUUGUAUAUUCGCCAAGCCAUGUUGCAGGCGGAGGACCAACCACAAGGAGAACAGAAGACUGUCCGGUUGCGUGGAAGGCGAAGAAAUGCCGCUGGCGAGGUGCGCAAGUUCCCGGCAAGGACCAGCGCAGUGUUCGCCGGCGCGACGCCUCGACGCUUCCUCGUGCGACGUGUCCAGUCUGUCCAGCGGCGAGGAGGACGAGCGCCUGCGCAGAUACCGCACCGCCAACGCGACCACGACGACUGCGACCCACUUGCAGCCACAGACUGUUCACGUGCAGCCAGCGGGGUCGCAGCCAAAGCCGCCGCCAUCUCUUCAGUCAGCACAGGCUACAGCUGGAAAAAGGCCGCCCCCAAGAAAUGUCUCUUUCGCGGGCGGCCCCGACGGCGAGCUGGUUCUCAGCCCAGCGCAGCUACGAUCCUAACCCACAAGCAAUAAACAAUGUCGCAAUACUUUUUAUACGAACUAUGAAUACCAUCGGCCAAAACGUUACGUGUGGCGGCAAAUGGAGAAAAAUUUUGCACGUUUGAUAUACUAACACUCUGUUUAGAAAUUGCCAGCUGGGUCGACAUCACAUAGCUGAGGAUGGUAUUUAGAAUUUUUCUUAGCUAGUUACAAAUCACAUGUUUUUCUGGUCGGGAUG